AUGGCGAUCUCUCGGCCGGAGUCCGAGGUUCUCCCGGCCGGCGACGCCGAUGCCAAUCCGUCGUGGUUCACUCCGAAGAGGUAGGAUUCUCAUUCCCCUCUCAGACUCUCCUUCGCUGGCGCCGUAUCCUCCCACUGCACUCUUCCGCUCCUUCGCGUUUUGUUUCCGAGACCUAAUUCAGAACAUAAUCUGUCUUCGUAGUCACCUCCCCCUUUGGUUCUUUGGUUUCUGUUGUUGUAUCGGGAUUCGGUGAUGCAUCGGUUUACCCAUCAAAGAGAGUGCUCGGAGUUCAUACAUGUGUAGAUGGGUUGAAGUACCGAGUUCAAUUUUAAUGUCCAGUUCCGUGGGAGUUUUAUUUCAUGGGGAUCCUUUCAUUGUUUCGAAACUGGCCGUUUAUGUUCUAGCUGGAAAGUUUAGACUGGCCGUUAAAUGCGUAAAUCCGUUGGUGUCAAGCGAUUUAAAAAGCCAUUGUAAAAUAAAGGUAAAAUUUUCCACUGAAACAUGCCAUAUCUUGUCCAGUUUGUACAUCUUUGGCAAAGUUGGGUUGGCUACUGAAUAACAUAGUCAGUGUUCAACUGCGGUAGCGAUUACCUGAUGUCAGGUCCUCUCCGUGCCACCUGAAGGAUCCGUUGAGGUUACCUUACACACGCACACACACGCACACAGACAUUUAAGUUUGGAGUAUCAAGGCAGAUAUCUCUUUCAUCACUCGAACCGGGUUUGACUUUAUGCAUUCAGGAAAUAGGCAAAAUAAGAAUGCGGUAAUCCAAAAGGAAGAGAAAAAGACGAUGGAUAAUGUAAAUCUAUGUUUUUUAGGGAUAGCUAAGAAUAAACCAAAAGGAGGUGAAGAAAGAUUCAAUAGCUUGACAAGAGUACACGGAUUCCAAGAGCAUUAAUUUGAUGUCAUUUUAGAGGAAUGGAUUGGCAUUUUCUUGAGCUUACCUAAUUUUCAAAUCCCUUAAAUCUCUAUUUAAAUAUGUAAUUACCUUGCUUCAUGUUCAGAUUGUGUGUUUUAUUAAACUUUCAAUUGAAACAUGUGAAUAUUUAAUAAUUUUAAAUUUUAUGUCAAGUUCUAUUUCAAAAAAGUUGAGUUCCUACCUACCAUGUUUACUUCUGCACUUCUUCUAAGGUGUUGGAAUCAUGAUACAGUCGUUGAAUGAGAGGAUAUGCAUAAAAGGAAAUUUAAUUUAAAGCAUUUACUUGAAUACAUAAAGAACAUUUAUAAAGAUGGCCCAUAAAAUUUGUGUAAGGUAAAUGCUACAUUCCAUUCUGAUUUCAGACGAGAUGUUUUACUUUUGAGCCAGAAAAGGAAUGCAGUUCUAUCCUUCCCCAGAUUUCAAAUUGUUUAUCUUCAUAUUCUUUGAACCGAAAAUUUUCAUCUUGUAGUCAGUAAUGAUGCCUAAGAGAUUUUUUUAGUUAGAUGAUGUUACAGAAGUAGAUUGUUUAACCCAAUGAUCUCUGGUUGCAAUUUUCAUUUUUACAUAGUUACACAUGAGAUAUUUCUAGUUGAUAUACUUAUAUUUUGAACAGUGCUUUUAUUAAGAAGUUACAUACCUCACUAAUGUUUAACCAUAUGUUUCCGUUUUCUCAUCUCGCUUUGUCUAUUACAAUUAAAUAUUGGGGACACCUAGGCCUAAACAUGGCAAUGUUUUUUCUUUAUGGUUAAUGGAGGAAGAAUACAUGUGCAUGCGUAUAAAAUGGCAUUGAUAUCUCUACUUUCAUCCUGAGAAAAACCCCACUUUUAGCAGUUGAUGCCUCUCUUUUAUAUUGAAAUUUAAUGUCAUGAUUUGUAUUCUGUUAACAAUGUCUUAUUGCUAGUUCUUCUUUCUCGUGGAAUUCAUAGUCUUCAAAAUUGAAGAGAUGCCUUCCAUUUCAUUUUAUCGUUAUUCCAUUCAUCCCUUAAGGACGACCAGUUUGACCUAAUCGGCCACAGGAACCUUGGCUAACUCACCACUAAACUUUGUUGUUCUACAUAGAAUCCAGUUUAUUCACUAUUUUGGCACUGUUUUGCAGAUUACUUGCGAUCUUUUGCGUCAUCAAUAUGUUAAACUAUAUUGAUCGGGGUACUAUAGCAAGCAAUGGAGUAAAUGGGAGUGCCAGAACAUGUAGUGAGAGUGGGAUAUGUACUGCGGGUAGUGGAAUACAGUAUGUAUUGUUGUGCUUUUCCUUAGAUCGUCAUAUUAUACUCGCAUGCAUUGUUUCAAAAACUUUCCUUGUUUCUAUGAUUGGUUUCUCAUCGUUGCCUUAUUUUGUGUGCAGUCCAAUGCUAACCUAAAAAUGAUUUGGUAAGAUGUAACCUGUUGGGUCAUGGGUGUCUGGUGGUUGUUUUGCCUGGGGAUUGAGAAGUAGGAUCCAUCUCCCUUGAUCUGGAAGCAUCUUUUUCUGGACUACGAGAUAUUUCAGCAUAUCACCUGUAGGAGAUCCUUGAAAUUGAUAUUGUUCUCCUCUUAUCCUCAUUAUUUUUUCCCUUUCUUGGUACAAUGAAGAUCAUAAAGGUUAGUUAAUUGUAAAACACAUCACUUCUGUUUUGUAUUUUCCUUCAGAAUUUUGGUCUUUGAGAAUGACUAUAGUUCUCCAGAAUUUUGGCACGUGGGAGAUUAUUUAUGUCAAACUAGUGCUUAUUUCUUCCCUUAUUCGGCCUCUUCCAGCCCUGAUCAUUAUAGUCCUAUUUUGAUGAAUAUGAUGGCAUCAAGAAGGUUGACUAUUAUACUACGUAUAACCCUCAUACUUACCAAGAAUGAGGGUAAGGUUACAAUGUGGGGGCCUUUAAAUAGGUCUAAAAAACCGGAUCAGUUAUAAUAGUACUUCAAAGCAGUUUCGAAGCAUUGUAAAGCAAAUUCAAAAAUGCAUACAAAGUGGGAAAAACUUACAGCACUAAUCUUUGACGUGUUUCUCACCUGUUUUGUUAUGGGCCUAAUGUUAUUCGGGUGAUAUUAUCCUUGUAACCCAUCCUUCAAGCUUUCAAAAGGCCUGGCCCACCGGUUUUGGGCCAUCUAGCCCAAAAAAAAUUUACCCUUCUCUUUGUUGGAAGUGAUAUCCAACUUCAAUUUUCAUCAUCGUUCUAGCAUGCUUCUUUGACUGGAUGACACAUUUUCAUCUUCAUAACUGUUACAGGUGUACAAAACUGGCAAAUUUAUACCUUAAUAAAAAAGAUGAACGUUUUGUCCAGAGUUUAUUCUAUAGUUUUAAUGAAAUAUGGCCCUUACUUUUCAGAUAGAGGAAAUCUAUGUUUAUCAUAAAACAUUAUGCCGCAAUUUUGAUCUUUUCUCAUUCACUUAUUUCUUUCUAAAAUGUUUGGUUGAGAGCUUCUGUUUGAAUAAAGUAGAAGACUAAAUAGCUGUUGGGUUCUUGGUUGACUGCUUAAUGAUGUGAUAAAUGGGUGCAGGGGAGACUUCAACUUGAAUUACUUUGAAGAUGGUAUUCUCUCAUCUGCUUUCAUGGUUGGACUUCUGGUUGCUUCUCCAAUAUUUGCUUCCUUGGCAAAAAGGUUUUUUUUCUUUACUGAUGUAUUUAAAUCUCUUUUGCAAUUUUAUGCAGAUAGAAGGCCAUGGAUAGUGUUUUUAUCAACAAUUACAAAAGAUCUGUGGUGUUAUCGUUUUUCCAAUCCUUAGGUUAAUGUAGGCGGAUUUUAGUUUCUACCCAAAAAGUUGAAAUCUAGUUAGGGAUUGUCUCUUAUUGGUGUCAACGUGGAAAGGAAAAGAGGGGUGAGAUAACAUGCUGCUUUCUUUCUCUACUUUAUUCCUUUCUAAUUACCUAGACUGAUAAGGGAUCGUGGAAGGUUGAAGAAGAUCAUUGAAAACCUGCAAUGACUUUUUUUUCUUUGAAGUUUCCCUAGGAAAUAUUCCUUCAGAAAGCUUUCAUAAGAGUUUUAACGGAUAGUCUGUAUUGCCUUUAUGUGGCCCUGGGGGUUGACCCUGCCCUUGAAGGUUAAUAUGGCAAUUCUUUGAGUACGGUAAGUAUUCAUUUAAUCAUCCUUUAAUUGUGGGGUUUUAGUGACAUUUUCGAGCUGGAUCCUGCCACUUAAGUGGUUAUAAAAUGUUUAGACGAUGCUUUUGGCAUGCCGCUGUAUGUGCCUCACGUGAAACAUUUAGAAGAGUUUUUAAAAUGAUGUACCUAAUUUGGUUGAGAACGAGUUAUUACUUAUCACUUCCUCUGUUUUCUGUAAGAAUUUUACACAAACCAUACAAGGAUAAACAGUCGGGAAAAAUCUCUACUGCUUCUCAAAUCAUAGAACAGUUGACAGUUAUAUGCAAUUACCCUGGCCACAAAAAAAGGAAACUUCAUGGAUUAAGGAAACUGAACAGCAGAUACUAACUCCUAAUCACACGUUUUUCCCGCUGAAUUAUGUUCUGCUUCUCCUGUAUCUUGACUGCCUUGUGUAAACCACGGCGCAGUUGCUGCCCCUCUCUCUCUCUCGUCCUCCUUCCCUCUCUGUGUCUACUUCUGAUACUCUUCUCCUAUCUCUCUCCUUAACAAUAUACCCCCUUUCUCUCCAUUAUAAACUGUCUUCCGAUUUCCUUUGUCGCUCAUAAAGAGGAAGAAAGUAAUGGGGAAUUAACUCUUUCUCCCAUUCCGUUUCCAUUAUCCUUGUUACGUUUCUUCCAGUGUCACCAAACGGAUGUUAGAUGAUUGGUCAAGUUGGAUGGUGAACUGCUCUCCCUUACAUUUUGUAACUUAUCUCUUUACCAAACAUCCUUUCCACGUUCCUCUGAAGAAAUAAAAUCAAUGCCUCAGCGUCUGCGAUCCAAGAUAUUUCUAUCACUCCCAUUUCUUUUCCUCCCUCUCUAGCUACUUCCCUUCAUAGCCUCUCCUUGGCAACCUCUCUGCCAUAUUUGCAGUUCCUUCGCGUUUAGUUUUUACCCUUUUUUUAUUUCCUCUCUUUGGUCCUUUCUGUUGAGAGACCAGAAACAAUGAGAAGAACGAAUCAACUUUCUCUGUUAUUAUGUCACCUCUAAAAGCUAAAUUUUAAUGAACCAGAUCUUGUCUUCAGGUUAUUUAUUCCCAAUUUUAAUGAAGCAUAACCUUUUAAAGCCCCAGAGAAGCUACUAAAUAAAUCUAUGCGCUUAAAAGGUUAGUUCUGUCCAUGUGUAUCAUCGUUUACGAGAAAAUUGCUGGAAAAUAACAGUAUUAGUAUACUAGGAGAAUCUUCAGUAGUUUCUUAUAUCUCCAGAUCUUCGUGGAGAAACACUUCUGGUUAAAAUAAUAAUGUGGGUAAACUGCGGUAAUCUAGAUGAGAUAAAGAUCAUGUAGACAGAAUCUAAUAUGAAUUCGACGUGAGCAGUCAUAUGUUGCUACGUAACCAUUUGGAAACUAAUAAAUGAGGUUUCCUUUAUUUGGAGCAUGUUCAGCUUUAUUCUCAGUCAAAUGAUACUAGUAUCUCCAAGGAUAAUGAAUUGUUCCACACAUCUAAUCUUACAUACCAACAAGUGGAUGGUGAGCAAUAAUAAAUAUGUUGUAUGGAAAUACUAACUAUCAAGAGCCGUAUUACUUUCAUAAAAAAAUGUUUAAUUUUGUAAUUCUAGUAGAACUCAUUUCAAUGGGCAAAAGGAAAAGGGUUAAGGAUCAUGCACUGGCAUGCUUUCACUUUACAUGUAGAUAAUUGGAUAUCGUUGCUUUGGAAGCUAGUUUCGAUUUUUUACCGCUGACAUGUCAUAUUACUUUUUCUUUGGAAGCUACUUUUGCUUUCAUUCGUUAUGUACAAAUAGUACUAAAUAUCUUUAAAAAGGAAUGAAAGAGAAGAGCAUGCAAGUAAUGGUAAACUUAUGCGCCUGAAAUAGUAAAUCAUUGGGAAAGUCGAUGCCUAAACAUAUUACUUUGUAUGCACCUUGUGAGUCAUAAAAUUUGGACGUAUUUGUCAUAUCCUUUGUACAUUUUCUCUGCAGCCAUAACCCGUUUAGGCUUAUUGGAGUUGGACUAUCAGUCUGGACUCUUGCUGCUGCGGGCUGUGGCUGUUCUUUUGGGUUUUGGUCCAUUACAAUUUGCCGAAUGUAAGUAACGCAUACCAUUGCCAUGUAAGAUUUAAUCCCUGGAUAAUCACGGUGGUCAUCAGACUUAAGUUCUAUCUUUCUAGGCUCGUGGGUGUUGGUGAAGCUUCCUUCGUAAGUCUUGCAGCUCCAUUUAUUGAUGAUAAUGCCCCUAGUUCUCAGGUCUGUUUUUUUGGCUCGUUUCAUAUGCUUAUCUGGCAAUUUGAUUUUUUUCACAUUUAAUUUGCUUUGAAGAAUCAUUGAGUAUCUUAGUUUAGAUUUUUGCAAUUUACAUCUCCUUGCAUACUAGCUACAUUUCAAUGAGAUAAAUUUCAGACAUUGACAGUUUGAAGGUUGCAUUGUACAUGAUCUGGUAGACUCAUCUUUCUCUAAAAAUGAUUUUUAAUUUUUAUUUAGGAAAAUAUUCAUUCAGAAAACUAUUCCAUUCUUUCAGCGAGAGAAUUUUUGUGUGGUGUGCAGGCUAGAAUCUAUAAACAUCUCCAUGCUGUUGAGCAUCUGAAACAAGUACCCCGUUCUUUUGGGGACACUGCGUCACCCUAAGUUUAUUUUUUAUUUAAUUUAUUAUUUGACUCUUAUGUUCCCUGAAGAACUUGUUUCAGAAAUGUUUUUCAUUCGUCAUCUGUCGUACCAAGAUUAUCAGUCUGCUUUUAACCGGUUAUAAAUGCUAUCGAGGAUGUGAAUCCCUCUAGGCCUAACUGACUGAUUCUAGUUCAUGUUUACAGUAUAUUUAUAUAACUAUCCUAGUCUCUCCGUUCUUAGAACAUAUAUCAUCUACCGAGAUUACCUCGUUUUGUCCUGCGUUUGAGCAGUCAGGUUAAUUGGUUUUGUCAUAUUACCCAUUGAUUUAAUUUCUGUUGACAGAAAACAGCAUGGCUUUCGAUCUUCUACAUGUGCAUACCUGUCGGGAUUGCAUUUGGCUAUGUUUAUGGAGGACUGGUAACAUUUAUUUCUAUGAAUUUCCUCACUCUGGAGAACUUUAUUUCUUUGGAUAAAAUUUGAAUGAAAAUUGUUUUAAUUCCAUAAUCUGUGUUUUAUGUUUUUUCUUUUUCAUUGUAUUUCGCAAUCAUCCUAUUCUCUGAUGAAAAUAAAGUUCGCUUGCGAAAAAAGCUUUGCCGUGGUCUAUCAUUUUCCUAGAGCUGAUUCACUCUCCCUUUGUCAUUUAGACUCAUGGUGAUCAGUAUGCCUCUGUUGGUAGAAAAUGGAAAUGUUGGUCUGACUAGAAAUUUUUUAUGAAGAUUCUGCUUCACAUUAAUUUUAAUCUAGAAAUAUUUUGCUUGGCUCUAGUAGUUUUUAUAGGUGAUAGACAGUUCAUUUGUUGCCUACAGGUGAUAAAGGCUCAUAUUUAUAAUUUUAGCCGAUUGCUACUAAACACCAGGCCUCUCCCUGCACAAUUUUUCUAGGAAUAUGGCUCCUAGCUUGGCACCGUAUACAAUCAAUAUAAAAGAGCUAGAAACAGCAUUUUAUCCUAUGAUUGUUGUUUCCCCAUGCUUACGCCCAAACAUAAGUCUGUAGAUCCACCUCUGCUAUGCCUAAAAAGAAAACCAGUCAGUUCUACCCUUCCCAAAAAUAGAAGAAAUCUUCAGUAUUCUGAAUAGGGUCGUUGCCCAAGAUUUAAUGUAGUAUUCGUUCUUCUAACCAUCUUUCAAGUUUUCUCAAACGUAGAGAGUUCCUAUUCCUAGUAUCUGUUCUCCAGUAGUUUGGGCAAUUUAUCUUUCUGCUCUCACUCUAUCUCUUCGUUUUUUUCGCACAUCCUGAUGUUACUUCAUCAUCAUUUCAAUUUUAUGUUUCCUUACCGUGUCGUAACCUACUUUGAACUACAAACAAAAUGCCUAUGAAUUUUUUUUCCAGGACCAGAUGUAUGUGAUAAAUUGUGUUUUUUGAUGCUGAUCAUAGUGCUAAGUAAAUGUAUCUGAAUUAAAUCAGAUCAUACACAAAUUAUUGCUUCAUAUAGAUUUUCACCAGGUUUCUUUAAAUAUGUGUUCUUUAUGUAAAAUAUCAGGUUGGAGUUUACUUGAACUGGCGCGUUGCAUUCUGGGGAGAAGCAAUUUUGAUGCUUCCAUUUGCUAUUUUAGGCUUCGUUAUACAGCCAUUGCAGCUCAAAGGUAGUAUAUAUCCACAUUUUUUAAGUGGCUAGCAACACUAUUCAUUAGUAAUACAUCUCACUAUUUUGAAGUCGGACGUAUGUGCGGAUUCCCAUGCAUUCACAAGUCGCAUAAAAAGUUACAAAAUGGUGCUGUAUGCCAAGUUUUUCGAAGUUAUUAUUUAGACAUUUAUUGUUCCUUCCUCCUCACUUGACUGAUGUUCCCUAAUGACAAAUAAAGAAUCAUCCAUCAGUAUUUGUCUCAGUACCCAUCUUAAAGUCCAACAGCUCAGCAUAUAAUUGAGAUUUCAUGGCUUCCUCCUCACUAUUUGGAAUUUCAUGAGGAUUUCCUCUCAACUGUGUGAAGGGGCAUGCCUCUCCGUGGUUUAAUUAGGGUUCAUGGCUCCUUCAAUAGGUGCUUAGUGAUCAUAUGUUGUCAAUUUCAUGUGCAGUUCCAAAUGAGAAAUAUGAUCCCGCCAUUGAACUCAGUACCAGAAAGCGUCUAUUAUGGAAAAUCUAACCCUCCCUUUCGAUCUGUUGUAAAGUGUAUGGCGUUCUUUUCCGAAGUCCAUUUUGAAUCCUCCUUUUUAAAGCUAUAGAAAUUACUGUAGCCUUAUGAAAUCUCCAAUCUGCUCAAUCUACCUACUGUGGAGGUUCCUUCCAAAUGUGAGCUCCCUAUUUCCCUGUCUUGGCUGGGUUCAUGCGAAUAUAUGUGGCACUGCGACGGAUCUAAUGUGAUAUUGUGGACUUAUGGGAGUGCAUCUCCCAGGGUCUUUCCAUAACUGCCAUUAUCCUGUGACAUCUUACGUUCAUUCAUUUUCUACAUUUUGGAGAGAUACUUGAGGCAGCCUACAUGUAAGAGAUGCUCAUGAUAUCUGUUCUAACUCCUGUUAAUACCUAUCUAUUCUCCUAAAACCUUGUCUCACAAUUCCUUAGCUAAGGCAGCUAGCAAAUGUCGAACUGAAAUCUUUUUGAUUUUUUGAUCACCAAAUCCCUGUUCUCCUUUGAUUAUUUCCCAACGUGCAUCAUGUGACUAUGCAUUCUUUCUAUUCCCGUGACUUAGGAAUCUUAUCUUGAGUGGAUUUCUAUUGCUUCCCUGUUCUAUGCAUUCUUUCUAUUGACUAUGCUUCCCAACACAUGCAUUUCUAUUGCUUUAUACUUGGAUUUUUUUUCUUAUUACCCAUGCAAACGUGUAUUCUAAACGCUCAUGGAUUUUUAUUCAUAUAUUCAUUUCAAUUAUUUGAUGUCCGGUUAUUCAGGUUUCACUUCUUCUGACACGAAAAAGUAUUGUUCUUUGGAGAAAGAGGUUAUUCCAGAAGUUCAAGUCAUUUCGGGUAGGUUUCUGUUGACAUCAGCUCUCAAUUAAAUUUUGGUAAUAUCCAAGGUUCUUGGAUAAAGAUUCUCUCCAUAUCAUACAACAUGAUUCAAGAUAUUAUUAUAUGAACUUCCCUACUUAUUUUUUCAAGUUUCGAAGGUUCUAAAUUAAAUAAGCAUAGGAUACUUUGGGGGGGAGGGGGGAGGAAUAGCCUAAGUCAACCAUUGGUCCUAGGGGAAAAAAUUGCACAUGACGCGCUAAAUUCUUCAAGAGAUUUAGCCUGUCCUUGACCUACACUACUUCUGUAGGAGUUGUGAUGGUGCAACCAUGUCUGAUACUCCACUAAACUUAGCUUUAAGUUUCAAGAGUUCACUUUGGAGAAGUGUCAUCAAUGGGAUGCAGUUGACUAGGAGCCUUGUCUGGCCUAGUCUUUUCGGCCUUGAGUACAAAAGGUAAGACCAGAAGUGACGAUGGCUUGACUAUUGCUUAUCUGGGUCAGGCCCAAGCUUUGCUGGGCCUGUAUAGAAGGACAUGAGCUCCGUCCAGAAUGGAUGAAAUUCGUCCCAAAGCAGCAGACGUCAGCAUACCUCUCAUCAUGGGCCCAGCCUUGGAAAAAUGUCCUAGCAUGAGGUCAUUAAUAUCCUCAAUAAGAGGUAAAUCAUUGGGCCAGAAGUUCGGGCAAUGUGGGUGGUUAUGUAAUUGGAUCUACAUAAAUAUUCAGCCUAGAGGCUCAUAUUAAAUAAUUUUUCCAAUUGUACUGGACACAAGGUACAUUAUGUUUCUUUUGAUCUUAGUUAACAAUAGCGAGGAUCUUUGAGUUCCCACCCAAGUGGAAUCCUGGCUUGGCCUGGCCUGAAUUCAUCAAUUUAGUAGAAAAACAGAGAGGGGGGGACAAGGGCAAGGCAAUGAUUGCAUCAGGGAGACUAGAAGUGGAGAAAAUUAUCAGGGGAAAGGUAGAAGAUCACAAAAAAAGGGAGAGGAAUUCUUAUGUGGCCUUCAGAUAGUGGUAACAACAAUCAGCAAUUCUAAUUCUGGUAGUAAUGCCAUCAUCUAUGGCAUUUGAACGUACCAUGCUCCUUCUUCUAGACAUCAGAAAACCAUUAGGAUAUCAUUAAUGGACAAAUGAUAUCACGAACAAAGCCAAAAUGAAUGAUCAUGCUAAGAUUUUGCUAAAUGGCUUUUCAUGCUUAGAAUAUCUUCUAGUGGUUUAAUUUUUUAUUUUUAAAAUGAGAUAAUUCCCAGCUAUUAUGUCGUUUUUUAUGUCGGAUACUUAUUUUCAAGCGUUCACUAAUCUGAAUUGAAAUAAACCGCCUAAAAUUUAUGGGUUCCCUUUCCCGCUCUUUUUUUAUUAGUGGUAAAAAGUAAUAAUAUGAAUGUACGUGGUCCCAAGUAAUCACUAAUCUGAAUUGGGAUAACCCACCUAAAAAUGGUUCGUUUAAAUGCUGUAAAAUAAUGAUAACAAUAAUAACCUCAAUGGAUAUGCAGCAACAUUCUGACCAUUCUGUGAACUUAUCCUUUUGAAGAGCUGCUACAUUCCCGAAUAGAGACCAUCAAGCAUUCAAUUGCCAGCAUUUCGUUUGGUAUGCUAAUUCCCGGUCCUGUUGAACUUCAGGCUAGGGCUCAGGGCACAUCUCUGAAGCCAGCCACUGACCAAACCCUGAUAGGCUCUAGAAGACUAAUACCACGCUAGGAGGAUCUAUUCGGAGUGUCAAGAUGCCAUGUGAAUGUGAUGAAGGUGAGUUACGGUGGUGUGGUGGAGUUCCAUGGGGUUCCUGUUGAGGAGAGUGGUGGAGUUCCAUGGGGUUAAAGUAGAAGAAUAAAACUGUGAGGAAACUUGGGAGUUGUUUUGGGCAGCAGAAAAGAGGAUGCUAUGUUGUUUGCAGCAUGUGCCAACGUAUUACAGACGGGCAGGACCUGCUGCAUCUCUAAGCCUAUCAUUCCUGUUGAAAGUUGUCUGUCUUUUCUCAUAUAUGUGCUAACUUCAUACCUUGUCAUUGACGGUCCUAGAAUGAAUUUGUUACCAUAAAAUUUUUACGCAUCAUGUUUUUGUUUCAGAUGAGCCUCCCAGGGAUGAAGAAUUAAUUGAUGGAGCAACUAUGACGUCGACCUCGUAUGUCUAACUCAUGCCUUUACUGCUGAGGUUUUGAACAUCUAUAUAUAUAUAUAUAUAUUGACACGAAUUUCAUUAAAAAAAACAAGGAGGGUUUGUCCCUGCAUUUUUUUCUUUUCAUGCUGCUCGCUACUAGUUUUUAUGUUUUGGCUAUUUCUUGUUGCACUGUCCUCUGCAGAUUUUAAACUGUGGUUUUAUAUCUCCUUGCUCUUGUGGUUACCUUUACUUCUACUCUUUAGACACUCGUGUUUAAUCUCGUUUACAGUUGGAAAAACAUUUAUUUCAGUUUUUUAGUUUAUAUAAUGGCUAACGUUUCCUUACCACAAUUUAUGAGAACUCUUCAGAGUAUCAAUCUUUUCAAUCUUAUCAGGAUAUUCAUCUUGAAAAAUUUUACUUUAUCCAUCCGUUUUUUCUUUGAAUUCAGAAGAGCACAAUUUUAACACCUAGUCACCUUCCAUGCGAUUUGUUGCAUUAUUUGACAAAGAUUUCCUCUAUAUUUUAUUCUUUAUUUGUCUUAAACACUAUAUUGCAUUCUUUAUGUUUAGCGUCUCUAUUUGCUUUGAAAAUAGAAUUCCGAUGUUCUCAUAAUGAUUAUGCAUGAUUCAUUUUCAUUAAUUCAGGUUAUUUAAUAUGCAUGGUUUUAUUGUGGCAGACCUAAAAGUACAUUGAACAUUCUGAGUCAACUUGUAGUGUUGUGGAAAGAUUUGAAAGUUCUCUUGCAUGAUAAGGUUUACGUCAUCAAUGUAUUGGGUAAGCGUUUUAACUCUCUCUUUAUAUGACUGAUAAUCUUUGAUGAACCUCCAUUUUAUGUCGUCCAUCCUACAAAAUGUAUCAAAGUGCUUCAUGUUCUUCAAAAGGAUUAUAUAUCUAUCUAUAUCACUCUCCAUGUUUUAAAUGGAUGGCCAUUUUUCUGGAUGUACUCCAGAGGUGAAGGAAAUUUUAUUCUUUGGGAUAUUUGUAUCUUAGCUAUAGAAUUACUUUUUUAGUAAUUUGGAAUCGAUAUUUAGGUAACUUACUCUUUUUCUCAGGUUACGUGGCUUACAAUUUUGUUAUUGGUGCCUAUUCGUAUUGGGGUCCAAAGGCUGGCUACGCAAUUUACAAUAUGGUAAUGUGUUGAAUGAGCAUGGAGGACUCUAUUUAAUUUUAUGUAGCAGAUUUCAUGAGAUUUUUCGAACGGUAAAAUUAUAAUGGGGCAUCCUUCAUUUUACUAUCCGAUGUUUCUAAUCACGAUUUUUUGUAUUAACAAAGAUGGAACACUACAAUACCUAUCUUCACUUGCAAGCCAAUUUUUGGGCUUUGUAACAUGUAGAACAAAAAGGGAACCAGUACAACUUAAAACCAAAUGACAAUUAGUAAUGUAAGACUCAUAUAUACACUUUUGUAUUAACCAAUAUGAUAUUAUUUCAAUGUUCUCAUAUGUGUAUCUUCCCCAGGAAAAUGCAGAUUUGAUAUUUGGAGGAAUAACAAUAGUAUGUGGGAUCUUUGGGACACUAGCCGGUGGUUUUGUUCUUGAUGUCAUGCACGCUUCCAUAUCCAACGCUUUUAAGGUAAACCUUAGAUGCACUAGCGGAUAUUCUUGUUUGUCAGAAUUAAUGAUGUUGAUCACCUACAGCUGUUACAAGAUAAAUCUUUUUGACUCUUUUUUGUUUGUUUCUUUUUGGAAAUGAUUAUUGAAAUGGUUCUUUGAACUUUCUUUUUCAAUUGCAGCUGCUUUCUGGAGCAACUUUUGUUGGGGCCGCAUUCUGUUUUGGUGCCUUUUGUUCAAGGAGUCUUUAUGGUUUCAUAUCACUGUUUGCAGUUGGGGAGUUGCUGAUUUUCGCAACACAGGCACUGACUCUAUAUUUUGAUAUCCAUUACUUCUUCACACGACGCGUUGUUGUGUUGUCUCCCUCUUUUGUGACAUUUUUUUUUUGCUUGUUAAUUUAUUAUUUCUAUAAGAUUAGAUCUAAGGUUUGUGCUUUUUAUGGGUUAUCAGUCUCUUGUUUUUGAAGAUAGAAUAGAACUGAUUCCGGUUCAAAGCUUAAGAAAGUACUCUUCCACACUUGAUUAUGAAGUUCUUGAACUGGAAUAUUAGGUUUUAUGCCUUCUUCCUGGAUUAAACUUUUUUUUGUUUUCAUCACCCGCUUUUCAGGGCCCCGUGAAUUAUGUUUGUCUUCAUUGCGUCAAGCCUAGCUUGAGACCACUAUCAAUGGCUAUGUCUACUGUUUCCAUCCACAUAUUUGGUGAUGUGCCAUCUUCACCUUUGGUUGGGAUUCUCCAGGUUUGUCCUAUGGCUUCACAGUUAUACAUGUUUAUGUAUGUGAUGGUUUUUUCUCCUGAUGCAAGAUUAGCUAUUUGGCUCGUGAGCACUCAUAUCGAAUUUUAUCAAACAAAUGCGAUCAGAUUCAAUACAUUACAGGAACAUUAGGUUCACAGUAGAAAUGGACCCCUUGGAAGUUUUUUCGAGCGUUUGGAAUAUGCUUGAAAAAAUAAGUAAAGAGCGUUUGGAACAUUUGUCCCUUUGGAACUUCCAAGGUGCUUUGGAGUUGGAAAAGGAGAGCUCCCAUGGCCCUAAAAGAGCAGAAAAUGGCAUCAUCUGCACUGUCAAAGGAUGUGUAAAGCCACCUUACCGAGGAGAUAGUGAAAGAUAUCUAGCGUAGUGGUUAUUCAAGAGGAGGAAAAAGGGGGAACGGCGAAAACAUUCCAUAUAUGUGAGCAUGAGGCUAUUUUUUAAACAAGGGGAUUAAGAAACAUACUAAGGCAGAUAAAAUCAGUUCAGGGCGUAGAAUAAUGUACCAAGUACUUAUUUAUGCGGAGUCACUCUAUUCUUUCUUUGUGAUAUUUGGAAAAAAAAUGAAGACAUUCCUAGGCACCUCCAUGCCCUAGGGACUGUUGAAAUGAGCCUGCACAAGGCUUUGGAGAGAGUACCGAGAGACAGUAUGAACGCUCUAGAUUUCUGUAGUGAGAUUGUGUUGGAAUUAUAGCAUAGCUGCCAUGCAUAGAGCCAUGGAUUAUGAUUUGAAUUUUACUAAAUAAAAUCUCUAGAAAAAAAUAUAGAUACUUUUUCUUUCAGGGUAUCUUGUGGUAGCCUAUUAUCUUAAAGAUAUCCUUGGAAGUGUUUGAAUUCAGCCAAUGUUGUGGGAACUGACAUCCAAUGAGGAAAUGCCAGAGGGGUUAAGACUUUAAAACGGCUACAGGUCUCUUCUGUGGAUUAAAACGUCCCAAUGUCCGUGUCCAUGGAAGUUUCAGUUUUUUCAUGUUUAUAGACAACGAUCUUGCAACAACAUUCGGCAUACUUUUACCAGUAUCAACAAUUCUUCCCCACAUAUGCUUAGUAAAACGGUCAGGAUUCGCUGUACAUAUCUGAUUGACUAAUCAUUUGUUUUUCUUAGAUUUUCACUCGAAGCGCCUCUUAAUGGAUUAAUUAUCCACCUUAGAAAUCAAAAUUUGGAAAGUCUAUGAUCAGGGUGUCUGCUAAUUAAAUCAAAUGUCCGUUUCCAUAGGCAUUUACCGGACGCCAUCUACUGAUUGUUUCCUCGAAUUAAAUCAAAUCUCCGUUUCCGUUAAAUAUUUUUUUAAGUUGAAUAUGGAGGAGCUUUAAGGUGGAACUGUGCUUACAAGAAGCAAAAUGCUGAAGGGUUGUUCCUUUAGAUGGGUAGGGAACUUGGGGUACAAAUCUUUGUGAUGCUUAAUAUAUUCUUGAAUUUAAUCUGUAUGUCUUAAUUUUUUCUUUCUCUUAGCGUUUGUUUGGCAAGCUGCUGUUAAGUUACAUUUUAUGUUGGAUGGCCAUUCAAAGGAUGCCAAAAAAAGAGUUGUAGGGAAUGAUUUUGCCUAAACUCAAUGGACUUCGUGAAUUGGUUUAAUGGUAACACAGUCCCUGAUCCAUUGAGAUAGAAUUAUAACGGUGGAAGUUAGGAUUCUUUGCAGUGUUUUGGGCCGCCUGGAUUGAGUGAAACAGGAAACGUUUUCCGUAGGCAUUAGCAAAUUAGCAGAGAAGCAGAGUCAUCCUUGCUGGUUUUGGAAAAUACCCAGAACUACUUAGAACAUGUAAACCGAGAGGGCAGGGAAUUCCUGCUAACUCGUAUGUUCCCACUUUUUUUUCAUUCUCGUAUUUCUGUUCUAAAUACUUGUUAAAUCAGAAGUUAAGCUUUUUUAUCUUCAAUUUUGGAACUGGUGUUGCAGUUUUGAGGUUUCCAGUGGUGCUAAAGAAUCUUGCUCUUUUUUUUUUCUACCUUAUCUAUAAUGAAAUAUCAGGGAAAAUAAGAGGGGUCGGGGGCACCCAGAUGUGGGUAAGAAGAGAAGAAAUCGCUGAAAAUGCAAAUGUCAAUAAAAGCCCACCUCAUAUAGAAAUAUGGAAUAAAUCCACUUAUGCUCCUGUCAAUGCAGAGAUGUAAAGGGAGCUAGUGAAGACUUUAUCAAAGGAGCUAACUCGCUAAUAAAUUUAUUGAUAUCUUUCUUGGAACCACUAAUAAGAAAUCGUUGAUACUUGCUUAAAGCGUUGACAUGCUCGUUUAAUCUAUGGUUUCAACUUCAGGACUAUGUCAACAACUGGAGGGUCAGCGCUGAAGUUCUGACAUCCGUUCUGUUCAUUGCAGCUGGGAUAUGGUUCAUAGGUAUGCUUCAUUUGUUAGUUUCAUGCAGUGCAGGUAGAAGUAUGGCAGUCUGGCCUAAGAAACCAAAGUUUAUUUCCACUACCUUGGUCAUGAUUUGAAUUGCCAAUUCACCAAAAGAUAUUGAAAAUAUUAGAGAUACCCAUAUUCCCUGAUUAGCUUUGUGAGUGGAACUGUUCUUGAAGAACCUCUUCUCCCAAAUUUGGCAGGCGUUUUUCUUCCAAGUACAGAUAGGUCCAAUGAAGUAAGCGCCCAUGGCGGCGCCCCGUCUGCCGAUAGAUCGCCAUUGCUUGAUGGAAAUCCUGUGGAAACAAGUGACUCUGCUUAG